AGGCGUCGGGUGUGCAACGUUCUCCCGUUUGCGUGUGACGACUCGCGGACAGUCGCCCACAGAAGUCGUGCCCGUCCGGCCGCCCAUUGCUUGGGGGGAAAACCACUUUUCUCUCUUGUGGGACUGGCAUUCGGCGCCCAAUUGAGCGGCUCGAAGAUGCAGCAAUUCCGUCGAACCGCAAUGGAGCUGCCGCCAAUUCCUCCCUCACCAACUUUAACAAACCCCGAUAUGAUCCUGCCGCAUGACCACGGUCUGGACUCGACGGCUUCACCGCUGCCGCGAACCGUCGAUCUUCCAUCGCACAUGUUUCACGGUUUCGACGGCCCCGGAGCUUAUGUUGUCGCAGCAGGCGCAGCAGCAGAGAUUCAGCCAUCAGCGGACACAUCCGACGUCGUAUCCGGAACAUUGGACAUUGGAACUGAGGAAGGAAUAUUGAAAGCACCGUAUCGCGUAAAACAGCAUGAUUUCUCGGCAUCCCAAACGACCGAUCUUCCUCUAGCAUCUUCACCGACCUUGGCCAACUUAUCCACCAACGGGAUGCAGCCAACGAUUAAGUCGUCCCUGGAGCGGCUCCGUCGCCUGGCUUCCAAAGAGUCCUUACUCUUCAACAGCGAUGGAAGCAUGAACGCAAAAGAGCUGCGUAAGCUCGUGAGCAGCGGCAAUAUCUCUCAGCAUGACGCCAAUGACCACGACGAGCCCAGCGGCGAUGAAGAUGGACCAGAUUCACAUGCGGCGCUGAGCAGCCGCGCAGAGAUGAUACUUGCAAAUGCAAAGAAGAGGCUCGACGCCAUGGAAGGAAAUCUCAAUCGCGCCCGUCGCUCUCUCAUGCUUUCCCCCUCUUCAGCAAUGUUUUCGUCUUCAACCAAUAGCUCUUCCACUACCAAACAAUCUCCUCUGCCAAGCCUCCCUUCCAACGAACACCGAGCACGCUCAGCGCUAGAUAUUCCUCCAACGAGGCAGAGUCGAGUCGACGCUUCGUGGGCAGACGCUGGCCCCGGCCACACGCGGGUAUUUAGCGAAACUUCAUUGCCAUCAUCUACAUACGACACCAAUAGCUCAUCUCACCAGGUUCCUCGUAAACCUAGGUCGAUUGAUCGGCUCAACGGCGUCCAGUCUUCAUUAGAGUCGUCACACCGAACCGUGGAACGAGGGAACUGGGAAGCUCCAGCACGCGCUCCUCUCCGUCCAGUUUCAGCAUCUGGCGAUAGGAGAUCUGUAAUAUAUGCACCUCGAUCUCAGCAGGGGCUUGUUCUUCAACCGCUCACUGAAGACGAACCGACACAGGGUCUGGGUAUCUACGGAGAAGAUGGUCACUGGAAUAAAAUGCCACGACCAGACGGUGGCUUGGCCAGAUCGCAGUCCACCACACAAAUGAAUGACCUUCGUCUUCAGAUGAGAGAUUUGAAAGGAAAGAUUUCUAGUUUGCAGCGGCGUGCGCGUGAAGAUGGAUUGCGACGGCGAAGUCUCCAAAGUUUAAGGGAGGUUACUCCAUUCAGCUCCGCCGAAGAGUGGAGUGAUCCAUCUGGUCGCGCUUCGACUUCGACGUGGCACAAAAGCAAUGGGACCAGCCUCCCGCAAGAAAAUAUCAUUGUCUCAGGAAAUACUCAUAUUCGAAAUGGUAGUACACUCACGGACCUAUCCAGCGAAAUUGGACCGGACGACUCCAUUUCCGUUAAUGCGUAUCGGAAACCAAGAGCGCGCAAAACCACAGAAAGUCUUGCGGACUCAAGUGAGGAUGAAGACGACUUCUACAGUAUAAAUGAUUACGAGGAAGUACAUGCGAUUUCUCCCGGAGCCAGGCACGAGGAUCGCGCCGACGCUUUUAAUUAUGAGCAUUCGUUCCUUCACAGCGGCCUCGGCCGUUAUGCCCCAGCGUUGAGAGACCGCCGUGAUAGCUUGAGCUCAACCGAUUCGGUCGAGACAACAAAAGGUCCUGAUUCUGUUCACCCUCAUCAACAGGCUUCACCGGCAGAGAGCUUCCCAGGUUCGUCUCCGACAGACGAAAUUCGUGCACCACCCUCAAGAUUGCACCGACGAGAGAAAAGCAAAGACUCGCUAUCCUCGAUGGCAACGUUUUUGACGGCGACAGAAGGGGUCGGUCCAGACGAUGAGGCACACCCUAGCUUGGUGAAUGGGUCUUCUCCACCGAGGGUCGAGUCUGUCAGCUCCCGUUAUAUUCGGGCCGUUGGGGGACCCUACGCUCUUGGAGAAACUAGUAUGGCACCGAUUAAGCCUCCCGCGGCUGCAAAGCAGCCAAUCCAUACAAGCAUUCCUCAGACAGCCAUAUCCAGUGUAGGUGCAGAUGUUGUCGGGCCCCAAGACAAAUCCGCCGAACCAGCUGCUACACCCCGCCUUUUCCCUUUGGUUCGCAAUGGCCAUGCAGAAGAUGCUCCUCAACACUCAUCAGCAGCCACUGCUCUUCUUUCUGCAAUUCUCGCCGAUACUGGUUUGACAGGCCACGUCUUGCCCAGUUUACGUUCAGAUGAUCUUGUUGUGGUCGACAAAAUCAUUGGGAGUUUGCGGCGUGUUUGCGCCCACUUGGCAGUUGAGAAUUCGGGUUCGGAUUCCCAGAUGCGACAGCUCUGGCGUUCGCGAUUGGAGAAUGCACGAAAAAUACUUGACGGGGAAAGUGGCGAUGAGAUCUUUUAGACUCUCUGGGGGCGUCUCAGACGCGGACGACGAACAUGGUCUGUGGAGCUGGAAUAAUACUCCUUGCGGCAGUACAGUGGACCUUGCAUGCCAAUUUCCAGAUACUGGUGCGCCAUGCACCUUGAUAUUAUGACUCUCAGCGCCAUCUUUCGACGAUGCUUCAUCUAGU